CCAAUCAACUCCUUCACGCGAUUCUUACUCUGAUUUCCACAAUCUCUCCACUUCUCGUAAUUCCCCUUUUUUUAUUUUUUAUGCGAAAAUCUUACGGUAAAAACCCCUGUUUCAUAGCAAUUGCGGUUUUAUUAGCCGUCGGAUUACUAAUCCUGAUCUUGGCACUCACCGUCUUCAAGGCCAAGAAACCUGUCACGACGAUCAACUCCGUCCACCUGGGCCACCUCGACGUCGGCCUAGACUUUCCCAGGCUCGGGGUGUCCCUCAACGUCACGCUCGACGUGGAUCUGUCGGUGAAGAACCCGAACAAAGUCGGGUUCAAAUACAAAAACUCCUCCGCCGAGUUGAAUUACAGGGGGAAACUGGUGGGUGAAGUUCCGAUUCCGGCGGGCGAGAUUUCCCCCGACGAAACGGUCGGCAUGAACUUGACAGUCACUGUCAUGGCGGACCGGUUGCUGUCCGAUUCCUCCCAACUUUUCUCCGAUGUCCUGUCUGGCGUUCUGCCGAUCAACACUCUGACGAGGAUUUCCGGCAAAGUGAAAUUGCUGAAUCUGUUCAAAAUUAAAGUUAUCUCGACCACUUCGUGCGAUGUCACGAUUUUUACUUCGAAUAGGACAAUCGCAGAUCAAGAUUGCAAAUACAAAACACAACUGUAGUUCUCCCCCUUUUUGUCACCUCCUAUGGUGUUCUGUUUUGUUCUUCUACGUAUGUGAUUUUUGCAAUUUUGUCGGUUCCACUACCUCUGUAUGGGUUAUUGGGUUUGGGUAUGUAUCUAUUCAUCUCUUAGUUAUAAUUUUUUCACCAGAUUGUCUGAAUAUCAAUAAAUUUUUAAUUUUUUU